UUAAUAGUCCACACUCGGCCACACUGGGAACAACAAUAAAAAUGGCGUUCAGUUUAACUUCUUUAGAUGGUUAAACUAUUUAAGGAAACCAUAAAACAAUAACGCGUGUCGCCGCGGCAGCUUAUUUCGCGAAUACCCGACCGAUCCGUGGACGUGAUUGCGAGUGGGUGGCGCUAUUCGAACGGCUGUUUAUCGCAAAAUUUCAAGUGAAUGGGAGUCCUAAAAUUCUGGCUCAGUUGGUUAUUAUUGCAAAUUUUAUACCCAACACACUGGCACACGCAUACACUGAGACCGAAAAAUACGAGUGCGAGUAAAUAGUUUAUAGUGUGGCACCCAUACAGGAGCAGCGUCUAAAUUAAAGUUAAUUAAACGCCUAGUGGAAUUUCAUUUAAUGCAAUUUAUGAAAUAAUACAUAAGUGAGACGGACCCAGUUCUCCUCCCCCUGCUGUCUCACUCAUCUGCAGCAUGCGUGAGGGCGUAUGUGUGUGUGUGUGCGUGUGAGGUGUUUUUGGAACGGCAACAAAAGCAACAAAACCAACAAAAAAUAAGCAACUGUAGCCAAACGGCAAAACAAUUUCGGCUUGUAAUAACCAGAAAAUAGGUGGUAUUAUUAAUAUAUCUAUGCGUGUGCAAUGACAUACGGCAGCAGCAACAACAACAAUUGCAACCUUCAAGGCUACCGCAACAGCAAAAGUAACAAAGGUAGCGCCGCCGCCGCCGACCAACACAACUGCAGCACCAGCAGCGGGUACCUUCGGCAAUGAAACAAUUUGUUGCCACCUUCGCCACCUACUCCUCCUCCUCCGCCAUCGUUUCCGCCGCCUCCUCCCACUCAGCUCUCUGCACACUCCGACGUUCUCCGGCCGAGAACCAGCCACUAGAGCUCCAUGCGGACUAACCAUGCCCGUCUCGUGCAAUUGUCGCUUAAAUAAAUAAUCAAUAUACAAAAUAAAUCAAUUUAUUUUUAUAUAAGCCAAACAAUAUCAAUUAAAAGUCGGAAAUUAUGAAUAAAUUGGAUUACCCGCGUCGCAAUGGUACACACAAAGUUCGAAUAACGAUAUUGUGUGCUAGAAACUUGGCUCGCAAGGAUUUGUUUCGCAUGCCCGAUCCCUUUGCCAAGGUUCAAGUGGAUGGCACUGGUCAGGUUUACACGACGGAUAUAAGCAAGUCCUCCCUGGACCCGAAAUGGAAUGCACACUACGACCUGUUUCUGGGCAUUGGGGACGCCAUCACCAUAACCGUGUGGAAUCAGCGCAAGAUACACAAGAGCAGUGGCUUCCUGGGGUGUGUGAGGAUUCCAGCCUUCAAUAUCCAGAGCCUCAAAGGAGCAGGAUUUCAACGACUGGAUCUGGGUAAACUGUCGCCGGAUGACGAUGACUUGGUGCGAGGUCAGAUUAUAAUAUCGUUGCUGUCGAAGGACGGCCCCAGCAGCGGCAACCCGCUGGCCAUUGUGGGCCCCAGCGGCGAUGUCCGGGGACCCUCGGAGGACGACUCGUCGGAGGACAGCUUGCCCGAGGGCUGGGAGGAACGGCGCACCGACAACGGGCGCAUCUACUACGUUAACCAUGCCACCAAGUCGACGCAGUGGGAUAGGCCCAGACAGCCAGUGGGAGCUGGAGGCACCCAGCGCCAUCACACCCACAAUGGCAACAAUAGCGAUCGGCAGGCGCCGGCAGGACCCACGCGAUCCACAACCUGCACUAACUUGCUAAAUGGCGGCAACCGCAAUAGGGAUCCUUCGGCGAAUGCGAGCGACGAGCGGCGUCAUUCCACGGAGAUCCUGUCGAGCGUGGGAAAGGAGAACACCAGCCCCACAACGCCGGUGUCGGCGGCAACGCCUGGUAAGAAGUCCUCGGCCGUCAAUUCGAACUCCUCCUCCUCGGGCGGACGAACUGGAGCCUUGGAGCAGCGGGCCACAAACGAACCAGCCACUCCAACCAGCAGCAACACCCGGCUGCACGGCAACGACAAUCACGUAAAGACGCCAAAGCAUCAAACAAAUGGCCAUUCUCCGCCAGAGGCCACGCCCACUUCGCCCACGGGGCAACAGAACUACGUCAAUGGUAAUGCCCAAAACGGGAGCAGUAGCGGAAACGGCAGCGGUCAGGCGGCCAAGCCCCAGAGCGCCAGCAAUGGAUGGACGCCAGAGGAUGCCGUGACCAGUGGAACAACAACUGCGACUACCACACCUCCGCGCCACAGCCAGAGUCCUCCCAAUCCCAAUACAUCGCCACCGGCAGCGGUGACGCCUUCGGCUAAUGGUAAUGUGCACAGUCCGAAUGCGAACAGUACACCUGGAGGUGGCAGCAGUAGAUCCUACACUGCGGCCACACCUGGUCAACGUUCUCAGCGACGCAGCUCGAGGCAGCAGGGUGAGGAAUCCUCCACCAGACGUCGAUCCUCGCGGGGAACCCGAAACGGAAGCACCACAUCUGGAGGAGGCGGCGGCGGUAGCUCUAGCCAGCGUUACGCUUCGGCGGCUAUCGCAGCUGCCAACCAGGCGGCUCGUCCAUUCUUGGACCUUCCUCCGGGCUAUGAGAUGCGAACCACGCAGCAGGGCCAGGUGUACUUCUACCACAUACCCACGGGUGUAUCGACAUGGCACGAUCCUCGGAUUCCGCGCGACUUCGAUACCCAACAUCUGACGCUGGACGCCAUCGGACCACUGCCGAGCGGCUGGGAGCAACGCAAGACGGCGUCCGGGAGAAUUUACUUUGUGGACCACAACAACCGGACGACGCAGUUCACUGAUCCCCGGCUGAGUGGCAGUAUACUGCAGAUGAUUCGUCGUGGGGCAGUGCCACCAGCUGCCACUGCCGCAAGUACGCCAGCGCCGGCGACACCAGCUGCUGCCACGGCUGCGUCUGCUGCUCCCGCCACACCCACUGCAACCACGAACAACGCCACGACCACUACAAACACCCCACAUCGUAUUGUGCCGGACCUGCCGCAGGGCCUGCUCGAGGGCGCCGACCUGUUGCCCAAGUACCGAAGGGAUCUGGUUGGCAAGCUGCGAGCCCUGCGCACCGAGCUGCAGACUAUGCAGCCGCAGUCCGGUCACUGCCGACUGGAGGUGUCGCGCAACGAGAUUUUUGAGGAGAGCUAUAGACUGAUUAUGAAGAUGCGGGCCAAGGACAUGCGGAAGCGCCUGAUGGUCAAGUUCAAGGGCGAGGAGGGCCUCGACUACGGCGGCGUGGCCCGCGAGUGGCUGCACCUACUCUCCCGGGAGAUGCUGAAUCCGCAGUACGGUCUAUUCCAAUACAGCCGGGAUGAUCACUAUACGCUGCAGAUAAACCCGGAUUCCGGGGUGAAUCCAGACCACUUGUCGUACUUUCACUUUGUGGGACGCACCUUGGGCAUAGCCGUAUUCCAUGGGCACUGUCUGGACGGCGGGUUCACCACGCCCUUCUACAAGCAGCUCUUGAACAAGCCAAUUACGCUGGGUGAUAUUGAGGGCGUGGAUCCGGAGCUGCACCGCAGCCUAACCUGGAUGCUGGAGAGCAACAUAAGCGGCAUCAUCGAGUCCACUUUCAGUGUGGAGAACAAUAGCUUUGGCGCUCUUGUGGUGCACGAACUGAAGCCAGGAGGGGCAUCUAUUACCGUGACAGAGGAGAACAAGAGGGAGUAUGUGAAGCUCUAUGUAAACUAUCGUUUUAUGCGCGGCAUUGAGCAGCAAUUUUUGGCUCUACAGAAAGGUUUUUGCGAGCUUAUACCAAGCCAUCUUCUACGACCAUUUGAUGAGCGUGAACUGGAAUUGGUCAUCGGUGGCAUCUCCAGCAUCGAUGUCAACGAUUGGCGAAACAAUACGAGACUGAAGCACUGUACGAACGAAACGACGCAAGUGUUGUGGUUCUGGCAGGUGGUUGAGUCUUAUAGCUCUGAGAUGCGUGCCCGAUUGCUGCAGUUUGUGACGGGAUCGUCGCGGGUGCCGUUGCAAGGCUUCCGGGCCCUGCAAGGCUCUACGGGUGCGGUGGGACCGCGACUGUUCACUAUCCACCUGACGGCCGACGUGCCCACACAAAAUCUGCCCAAGGCGCACACCUGCUUUAACCGGAUCGACUUGCCGCCCUACGAGACCUACCAGCUGCUCUGCGACAAGCUGACGCAGGCCGUGGAGGAAACCUGCGGCUUUGCCGUGGAGUAGUAGCCCGGAGAUCCCAAUACCAACACCCGCAAACACCCCCUGUCCACGCAUAUGCAUAUACAUAGAAACCUAUUUGAAUAUAUCUAAUACACGUAAAACAAAAACCACAUAUAUCAUGGCGAUUUGAAAUCAAAAUUUUACUCUGACCCCUCCGGUCACGAUGAUUAGUUCUUAUUUUAAUUUGUUUGUUGAUAGACUGUUUACCGCAGCACUGGUUAAGCUUGUGUGCUGCUCGUUUUGCAGUUGAAAAUUAAUUAUUUAACGAGUGUAUACCGACUCAUCUUAUACAUAGUUACCAAGUGCAUAUAUAUACGAGUAUAUACACUUUCACACCCCACACAGACAAAUAUAUAUAUAUAUAUUAUAUACAUUUAUAUUUCUAAUUCUAUCUUGAAGUCUACCCUGGCCUUUGUUUGUUUACGUCUUGGCGCGUGUUAUAUAAAUUGUAGAUUUAAAUAUUACGAAACCAAUUAUACAUAAAAUUAUACAAGAUUAUACAUAUAUCAUAGUUGAUAAUUAGGCGUAACGAAAUUUUUAAUUGAAGGCAUCGGACCGGCAAUUAUUGUGCUUUUCUUUAGUUUAAUAUUAUACACAUAUUUUUUAUGUUUAUUAAUCACAUUUUGUACAUUUAUAAACGGAAAUCGAUCGAGAUCACUGCUAAGUUUUUAAUUAUUGUUUAAAUUGUCCUUAAAUUCAUGUAUACUUAAACACACGCACACAAAACCCAUCCCGCUCAUCAAAUCAUCCUCAUUUUCAUUAUUGUUCAAUCACAUAUUGUGUGUAAAAUUGAUUAGCGACUCCAAAAAAACACUUGAAAAUUACUCAUUAGUUAUUUUUUAAUUUCUAAAUAAAUGCAAAUUAUUUAAAAUUACCCUUUUGGUUGCUCCUAAUUUCGUGCUCUGCUGUGUCAUGCCAAAAUCAAAGCUCUUAAGGAUCAAAUUACAUAUACACGUACAUACAUCUUCAAUAUACAUACAUACGUACAUAUAUACAUAAAUAUUUACAUCAGUUUUUAAACGAAAAACGAAUUGGACAAAUUUCUAGAAGGUGAUAUUAGUGAAAAUUUUUAUCUGACUUUAAUUAAAACCGAAACAAUUGGUAGUUAUUUAAGUGACCCCACCCCACCCGAACCGACCUUCCCGCCCAAAACCCCCCAAAAAUGUAGUGCAUAUGUGAGAUUUAUUGAUUUUUAAUUGAGCCGCAAGGAUCCAAUCAGAUUAUAGACUUAACGCUCCCAAAACAAAAGGAAAAUACAACACAAAUCGAUCGUUAACUCUUUAGCUUUAGCGAGAUAUUAGGAUGUGAGACACUAAGAAUUCUGAGGCAGUAAUUCUGCGCACAUUGACAAGGACUCAGCUGCAUUAACCAAAAGGGAUUAAUAAUAAAUAAACGAGCCUUAUAAAAAA